AUGUAUGAGCAUGUAAAAGCAGAAUAUUUCUCAUUUGGUACUAUGACCGACGAUAAUCCAUCUCCACCCCCCGCAACUAAUUACAGGGAGAUCAGAGCAAUACUCGAAGACCUAAAAAUCCAGUUUAAAACACUUUUGUCAAAAAAAGGAAAGACUCUUUCGACUCCGUCAGUUUCGAGACCUGAUUUAUUUCGCCGAAAUUUUUUGCAUUCGCCAGUGAAAAAUGCACACACUCCGGAAUAUAUCGAGCCGAUUGAAUUGAACGAUUUCAAAUUAUCAUUAGUGCUUCAUGGAUCCAUGUGGUCCUGGAAGUCGACUCAUGAAUCAUCCUGGAUUAGCUCUAUAGUGAGUUACAAUCUCGUUGCUCACGAAGACGCUCAUUAUGAGUUCGAAAUAAAAACUCAGUUUUCGGAGGAUUUAUUUACCGAUUUAUUGCCUGAACAAAAAUAUUCGGACGUAAGAGUGUCGAGGAGGUAUAAAGAGUUUCAGGCUCUUUAUGAUACCCUCCAGAGAGUAUUUCCCUUUAUUUUCGUUCCCACUCUACCACCCAAGAGACCUAAAAAGCUCCGAGCGGAGCUGACGGCAAAGCGGAAGCUGAGUUUUGAAUUGUGGCUCUCCUAUUUGUCCGAUCAUCCUAUCCUCCGCCAUGCCUCCUGCGUCCUCAAUUUCCUCAUCAGUGAGGAAGAAUGGCGAAGGCCGGCCAAAGAAAAAUACAGUGUUGCGCAGAUUGACAACUUGGUAACUUACCCAGCAUACAGUGGUGUAUCAUCAAUAGAUCUCAACUUGCUACAACAAUUGGUGAAGACCAUAGCCGGACUAAGAGACCACUUCAAAAUGGAAAGAGAUUGCUUACAGCGAGAUUUAGUGGACCUUUAUUUACGCUAUGCCGACGAUCUGACUACAUUUGCAAGACUCGAAAAGGAUCUCGGUAAGUAUUACCGAGUCCGGGAUAUCUCGGGCGUUUUAAGUUCCGCAGUUUUAGUUUUGUCAAAAUUUUCGAUGAAUUUCUUGAGGUUGCAGUAG